GAAAUGACAGACAACUUUCUGUUGACGCGGAAGAGACACGAGCGUUCCCAUCGAAAUUGUUGACGAAUUAAUUAAACGCAUGUAACAGGUAACAGAGAACAAAGACAGAAACGAAAAGUCUUCACAGUUUUAUUACAGCGACAUAGUCUGAAGUUCAACCUGAUGGCUGGCGGUAAUUUACAGAAAGCUAUAGAUCUUGCCAGUAAAGCUUCACAGGAGGACAAAGCCAAAAAUUAUGAAGAGGCCCUUAGAUGUUAUGAGCAAGCAGUGCAGUACUUUUUGCAUGUUGUCAAGUAUGAGGCUCAGGGUGAUCGGGCCAAACAGAGCAUAAGGGCCAAGUGUGCUGACUACCUGGACAGAGCCGAGCAACUCAAGGAAUACCUGAGUAAAAAGGAAAAGGCUCCUCCAGCUAAACCUGUUAAAGAGUCCGGUGACAAAGGAAGUGAUAGUGAUGCAGAAGAUGAUCCAGAGAAGAAGAAGUUCCAAAAUCAACUCUCAGGUGCCAUUGUAAUGGAAAAGCCCAAUAUUAAGUGGGACGAUGUGGCAGGGCUCGAAGGAGCCAAAGAGGCCUUAAAAGAGGCCGUCAUCCUGCCCAUUAAAUUCCCCCAUCUGUUCACAGGAAAGAGGACUCCUUGGCGAGGCAUCCUGCUGUUUGGUCCUCCAGGAACAGGAAAAUCCUACCUGGCCAAGGCGGUGGCCACAGAAGCCAACAACUCCACCUUCUUCUCCAUUUCAUCCUCUGACCUUGUGUCCAAGUGGCUGGGGGAGAGUGAAAAGUUGGUGAAGAACCUGUUUAGCUUAGCUCGAGAACACAAACCCUCGAUCAUUUUUAUAGACGAGAUUGACUCCCUCUGUGGCUCCAGGAGUGACAACGAGAGCGAAGCAGCGCGUAGAAUCAAAACGGAGUUCCUCGUUCAGAUGCAGGGUGUCGGAAACGACAAUGAGGGAAUCCUGGUUCUAGGAGCAACAAAUAUUCCAUGGACUUUAGACUCAGCUAUCAGGAGAAGGUUUGAAAAGCGAAUCUACAUUCCUCUGCCCGAGGAGCAUGCCCGCUCCUCCAUGUUCAAAUUGCAUCUGGGCUCCACGCCCAACAACCUGACGGAAGCGGACUUCACCACGCUGGGCAACAGAACAGACGGCUACUCCGGGGCUGACAUCAGUAUAAUUGUCAGAGAUGCUCUCAUGCAGCCUGUCAGGAAGGUUCAGAUGGCCACUCACUUUAAAAGGGUUCGCGGGUCACAGUGGAACAACCCCGGCGUUGUGGUGGAGGACCUUCUGACUCCUUGCUCACCAGGAGAACCCAAUGCUAUAGAGAUGACUUGGAUGGAUGUUCCUGGGGAGAAGCUUUUAGAGCCGGUUGUGUCCAUGGCGGACAUGAUGAAGUCACUGGCAAACACCAAACCAACUGUCAAUGAGCAGGAUCUGGAGAAGCUGAAGAAGUUUACUGAAGAUUUUGGUCAGGAGGGCUAACACUACUCUUCUAUUGUACUAAUCCUAUUAUUUUCAAUGUCAGUUAUGGUUUUGUCUUAGCUAAUUAUUCAUAUAAUUAUUUUCAAAAUGGUGCUAUGUAAAUGUGCACCAGAAGUCACUCACAUCCAAAGUAUACCUUCCUUUAGGAUGUGUGAAAACCAGCUGAAGCAAACGUUAUUGGCCUGUUACUGCAUCAAGACUCAUGUUUUAAUUUCUUCAUGGUUUUCAUAUUUCUUGCUUGUUUUUAUUUUGCAGGUGAUAAUAGUCUUUGUAAACUAUAAGCACAUAAUGACAUGAUUUAAUGCAUUUUUUUAGCACUACACUAUGUCUCUAUAGCCUAAAAUGGGAUUAUCUUGUAAUUUGAAAAACAUACUUUUAUAAAUGGAAGGUUUCACUAUAAUAUUGUAAAACAUGUACUGUUUUAAACAUGUAAAAAUCUCUUUUACUGGGUUAAAUUUCACUACAUAAAAGUGGGCUUAAUUAUAUGCACAUCGUGUUGGAGGGAGGCAACUGAAAUGAAUAUCAAUGAUGGUCUAGAUUUUUGAGAUUACUAACUAUGUAGGACUUCUCAAUCGUACAGGGAUCAUUGUACAAGAAUGUGUUUUUUACUCUUUCAGUGUCUUCUGUAUGUGGCCUUUGGUGCUGGCUACUCUGUUUAGGGGCUUUAGAUAUAUGAUAUAUAGAUAUCUUGUGUUGUUGGUAUUGUAUAAGAAACUGAAGGUGGUCAUUUGCAGUUUUGUUGUGUCAUAUAUAUGUUCUGUGAACAAAAGGGCUGAAUAAAAAAAACAGGAGUUGUUACCAUC